GCAGGAGCUCAAUGGGUUGACUCCCUGCCCCUGUGACUGGGAUCAGCUCACAGUCCCAGCCAUUGAGUGUGGACAUCACUAUUACAUGCACAUCUCCUCUUCUCCAGUUGGAGCACUCGGAGGGCUGGUGAGCAACUGCAGGGCUCAGGGAGGAGGGGAGGAGAAGGGGGUGGAUUGAAGCUCUGUGUGUGGAGAGGGAGAGAGUGUGUCCAGAAAAAAACAGCAGGAAAGGCAGAGCAGAGGGGGGGUGACAGACAGCGACCAGGACAGAACAGCAGAGCUGCACCAACUCACACACACAAUGGAACAACUGGGCUUGGACCUGCCCAUUUUCAUAGGACUGAUAGUGGUUGCUGUCACAGUGCUGAUAUUCACCUUGAAAGCCUUGGGUGUUGGAAGCUCUAGCCCCAAAGCCCCAGUCACUCUCCUGAGCCCCGACGUAAAAUACCCACUGAAGCUCAUCGAGAAAGAGGAAAUAAGUCAUGAUACCAAGAGAUUUCGCUUUGCCUUGCCUUCUUCGAGACACAUUCUUGGUCUACCUACAGGUCAACACGUAUAUCUGUCCACUAAGAUUAAUGGAAAUUUAGUCAUUCGAGCCUAUACACCCGUGUCCAGCGACGAAGACAGAGGUUUUGUGGAACUUGUUGUGAAGAUAUACUACAAAAAUGUUCACCCCAAAUUUCCUGAAGGAGGAAAAAUGUCGCAGUAUCUGGACAGUCUGAAGAUUCAAGAUGCCAUAGACUUCAGGGGACCAAACGGGCUGCUUGUCUACAAGGGCAAAGGUAACUUUGCUAUCAAACCGGACAAAAAGUCUGAGCCGAAAAUCAGAUUUGCAAGGAAUCUGGGAAUGAUUGCUGGUGGGACCGGUAUCACUCCAAUGUUGCAGUUGAUCCGUCACAUUGUCAAGGAUCCUGAAGACGACACCAAGUGCUUUCUUCUGUUUGCCAAUCAGACCGAAAAGGACAUUCUCCUCCGAGCAGAGCUGGAAGGUGUCGCUGAGGAAUAUCCCGAUCAGUUCAGGUUUUGGUAUACGCUGGACAGACCCACACAAGGCUGGAAGUACAGCUCUGGCUUCAUUGAUGCCGAUAUGAUCACAAAGCACCUACCAGCUCCCGGGGAAGACUCGAUGGUUGUCAUGUGUGGCCCUCCACCCAUGAUACAGUUUGCCUGCAGCCCCAGCCUAGACACGCUGGCCUACUCCCAAGACAGCAGAUUUGCAUAUUAACCUAUAGUUCUUUUUUUUAAUAAAAUUACAUAUCGUAUCAUUGUCAGCGUGAUGUGAAUGCAGUCAAAUAAACCCCUGCCUGAGGGUUACGUUUUUACAGCCA